GUUUAGUAGGGUUUUCUUAUUUGCGGUGUGAACCGUGUCAUUUUAAAUUUGUGCUAUUAUUUAAAUUUUGAAUAUUUUUUACGCCUAGUUAUAAAAGCUAAGCUGAAAUUAAGCGUUGAGGUGGUCUAUCCAAAUAUUUACAGGGGCUUACAGUAUACUUAGUGUGUUUGCCGGAAAUUUAUCGAAAUACCGACUAAAUGGCUGCAGAAGAUUUCAAAUCGUUGCUACAAGUAUCUCCUGCUCUUACCAAUGAGUUACUCAGUGAGGCCCUCACAGCCUGGUUUAAGGACCCAGUCACUUUUACACACUGGGAGUACGUCGGUGACACAGGAAAAGGUGACUCGUAUAUGAGCGAAGUUAUACGAAUCAAAAUCAACGGCGAUGCCAACGGAACGUCAAAACUUGUACAAGUCGUCCUCAAGAACAUACCGAAGAACGUGUGCAGGCGUCUCACAUAUCGAAGCGAAGAAUUCUUCAGAAACGAGAUCAACUUCUACCAAAAAGUCAUUCCGAAACUACUAGAAUUUCAGGCAACCAAAAAUAUUGCAGACCCUUUUACGGGGUUCACGAAAUUGUUCCUAGCGUACAGUGAUGGACUGAAUGACGUUAUUUGCCUUGAAGAUGCAAACGUAGAGAGCUUCGGCACCCAUACUUUGCGCCAAGAGGGAAUAGACUACGAUCAUUGCAAGGUCAUAAUUAAAACUUUGGCACAAUUUCAUGCUAUAUCCUUCGCAAUGAGGGACCAAAACCCCGAAUUGCUGAACAGGUUGAGCGACGCAGUGUUCAAUACAUACUACGAUAUAUACUACGAUCCUAGACUCCGGGAUUGGUAUAAGAGGUUCUGGAAAAGGAUUUGUGGUAUUGCAAUCGACGCUGUAGAAAAGGAAUACCCGAAUUCCAUAUAUUUGGAGAAAGUCAAAGAGUUCGCUGUACCGGAGCGGUAUGAAGACAUGAUUAGAGCUGUAAGGGAUAAAAGCAAUGCAGUUAUGUGUCAUGGCGAUUCGUGGACGAACAAUUUCCUGUUCAAAUAUGAAGAAAACCGUCCGGUGGACGCUAAGAUCAUCGACUUCCAGCUAACGAGAUACGCUAGUCCGGUAUUAGAUGUGGUAUUGUUCAUAUACGCUUGCACGGACCAAGUGUUGAGGGAGAAGUACUACGAUGAACUCCUCCAGUAUUACUACGAGGUACUGUCUGCACGGAUAAGGGAGUUGGGAACCGACCCCGACCGGGUGUACUCUCGGGAGACGUUCAUGGAGGAAGUUAAGAAGUACUCCUACUUCGGGCUGGCUUUCAGCUUCGAGUCCACGCCGCUUAUCGUGCUAGCUCCGGAAGACGCUGUCAAUAUGAAUAUGGAGGGCGAUAAAGAGUUGGACAUCGAGGACUUCUGGCAAGUACCACCGUUCAAGACCAAGGAGGGUCGGCUGCGGGAGGCCAACAAUGUCGUGCAUUGCGUAGACCGGGGCUACAUAUAAUAACCCUUGGGCAAUAAUGUACUAUGUGCUAGAGAUGUCACAAACCGGCGCAGCGCUUCGUGGCCCAUUGGGCUGCAAGUGACAAUUGUAAAUAUGCAGAUCGCGGCAAAAGAAACAAAUGCGAUUUCCUCCCAUAUAGGUUUUACUUAACUAGCAAAAAAGUUUUUCAGACAGAUUUUAAUAAAUAAUCAAGACUUGCAGAAAAUUAUUAGUAGGGUUACAGACGAUAUUAAUGUUCAAUAUCAUCCAAAAUUAGUUUGAUUUUAAAUCGGGCAAAAACAACUAAUUUUUAUUCAAUAAAUUAUUGAUCAAAUCCAAUAUCUAUUGGCGGCUGUCCAUAAAGAUGGAUCUUCUUAUAUUAUUAUUUUGCGAACUACAGAUAUAUAUAAUACUAGCGGACCCCAGCGCCAUCUGUCAGGCUAAUUUGUGAAUCUAA